CUUUCGCGAGAGAUGACUUAUUCGUUGGGCGAGAGGACAGCAUCGCCCAAAUUGGCGAGCGCAGAGCUGCUGCACCUUCGCACACGCGCACAGCUCUUGUUGGGCUUGGUGGCGUUGGGAAGUCCUAGGUCGCGAUCGAGUAUGCAUAUUGAGCUCGCGAAGCAGCACCGUAUAUGCUAGUAGUGUGGAUACACGCAAGCAAUUCUAGCAGGUUGUGGCAGGGAUACAGAAAUAUAGCCGACAAGCUUCUACUACCUAAGCGGAAAGAUCCUAAGGCAAACUUGUUGCAGCUCGUGCAUGACUGGUUAUCAAACAGGCGGAACGGGCAAUGGCUAAUGAUACUAGACAACGUAGACGACGACGGCGUCUUCUUCAGCGAUGAACAGGAUGGUAGACCGCUUGAGAGCUUCCUUCCCCAGACAGCCCACGGAACGAUCCUGAUCACGUCAAGAAACAAGACUGCCGCGACUAAUCUUGUCGGCGGGCACGGCGGCGUCAUCGAGGUAGAGCCGAUGGGCGAAAAGGACGCGCUAGCGCUGCUUCGCACGCGGGUGCCGUUUAGCGAGUCGGGGCGAGCAGACGCCAAGGCGCUCGUCCACGCGCUAGAGCGCAUACCGCUUGCCAUCACGCACGCCGCGGCAUACAUCAAGACAAGAGAAGCAACAACAACGAUAGCCGGCUACCUCAAGCUCUUUCGCGAGAGCGAGACCAAUCAGGUGCAUCUGCUUAGCGGGAAGGAAUGGAAGGACAUCCGGCGUGACCAUAGCAUCCGGCACGCAGUGAUUGCGACAUGGCAGAUCUCGUUCGAGCACAUCUGGAAGACGCAGCGGCCGGCAGCAGACCUGCUUGCGCUGAUGAGCAUGUUCGACAAGCAGGGGAUACCGCGAUGGCUGGUGCAGGGCGCGACUAGCGAGCUGGAGUUUGAGGACGCUUUGGCGCCACUGCUUAGCUUCUGCUUUGUAAAGGCCGAGGUCAGCCAGCAGGCUGUGGCGAUGCACCGGCUCGUGCAGCUAUCGAUGAGACGGUGGCUGGAGGCAGAGAAGGAGCUCGGCAAGUGGGUGAAGGAGUCGAUGCAGGCUCUGAGCACGGCGUUUCCAAGCGGGGCCUACGAGACGUGGGAGGAGUGUCAAGCGCUGCUGCCGCACUUGAAAGAGGUCGCAAGCCAUGCGACAGAAGAUAAAGAAGUGUUGGGAAUGCGAGCGACAAGCACGCUGAGAGCAGGGUGGUACUUGCUGCUUAAGGGAGAAUACACGGUAGCGGAGGGGUUGUGUCGAUCGUCGUUGAACAUCCUAGAGACUGUGCUGGGUCGCGAGCACCCAGACACGCUCGUCAGCGUCAGCCACCUUGGAUUGGUGCUCGAGAGCCAGGGAAAGUACGAAGAGGCAGAAGCGAUGCAUCGACGAGACCUUGAAGGGUCAGAGAAGGUGCUUGGGCGCGAGCACCCAGACACGCUCGCUAGCGUCAGCAACCUUGGAUUAGUGCUUAAGAGGCAGGGAAAGUACGAAGAGGCAGAAGCGAUACAUCGACGAGCGCUAGAAGGAUAUAAGAAGGUGCUUGGGCGCGAGCACCCAGACACGCUCGCCAGCGUCAGCAACCUUGGAUCAGUGCUCGAGAGCCAGGGAAAGUACGAAGAGGCAGAAGCGAUGCAUCAACGAGCGCUAGAAGGGAGAGAGAAGGUACUUAGGCGCGAGCACCCAGACACGCUCAUCAGCGUUAGCCGGCUUGGAUCAGUGCUCGAGAGCCAGGGAAAGUACAAAGAGGCAGAAGCGAUGCAUCAACGAGCGCUAGAAGGGAGAGAGAAGGUACUUGGGCGCGAGCACCCAGACACGCUCGCCAGCGUCAGCAACCUUGGAUCAGUGCUCGAGAGGCAGGGAAAGUACGAAGAGGCAGAAGCGAUGCAUCAACGAGACCUUGAAGGGUCAGAGAAGGUGCUUGGGCGCGAGCACCCAGACACGCUCACUAGCGUAUACAAUCUAGCCUUCCUCUUUCAUCAACAGCAGCACUACCCCACCGCACUUGGACUGUAUCAGCGAGCACACGCGGGAUAUGCGAAGGUGCUUGGAGUACAGCAUCCUACUACAGUAGCAUGUCUAAAAGACUACGAAUCUGCUAGGAAGCAGGAAGGAGUAUAGUAAGUUAGCUAUCAUCAGCGUACAAAGAGUAAAUCGAAAAAGAAUACCCUUUUGAACUUUAUUAUUAUAUC